CUUCAGAAGCCAAUGCAUGGGCAAACAAGAUCAGAACAGGUCGCGAAGGCCAUGAAAGCCGCCGAGCAGCUAGGCCCAAGCACGAUCCCAUCAACAACUGCCACAAACGCCCUCUUGGUCAUUGGGGUAAAGGCACCUGGAGCGCUUCAGGAAUUGGUCACCACCCGCGAGAAUGGCGGCGAUGGCACAGCCGUCGUUAACUCGGCUGACCAAGGACUUGAACAUAUAGAAACUUGGUUAAAGGAGAGGACAUUAUGUGAUUUGUCACCUGCUAGCCAACUCUACUUUGCGACAAAGGGGAUGUUUGAGAGACCCCAGGAAUACAACGGAGACAAAGACGUAGAGCAUUUCAUCAGACUGCUGAAGGAGGCUUGGUUUCCUACUGAGAAGGGAGAUAGCAUUGACCGGCUGAAGAUAACGGUGGCUAAGCAGUUGAUCAACGGACUCAAGCAUGCUGCAUUGGACGGUCAUAGCACUCCUGAGGUGAUGUGGCGAAGUUUUCGUUGUUCAGACUUGCUCCAGCUUACAUGA